AGAGAGAGAGAGAGAGAGAGAGAGAGAGCUAGAGCGAGAGACACAGGGAGAGAGGGCGGGUGAGAGAGGGACGAGCAGCGAGCGGAGUGGAGCUACACACACAAAGAGAGGAGAAAGUGGAGCAGGGGAGCGUGCGGCGCGCAGGAGAGAGACACAAAAGAACGAGGGGGAAGGAGGCGCGGGGGAGACGGAGGCAUGGAGGAGACGGCCGGGGGGGCCAGGAAGGCCACCAAGAGCAAACUGUUUGAGUUCCUCGUCCACGGAGUGCGUCCCGGCAUGCCGUCAGGAGCCAGGAUGCCCCACCAGGGGGCGCCCAUGGGCCCGCCCGGGCCCCCGUACGGAGCCAGCCCUGCGGUGCGGCCGGGCCUGCCCACCCCCGUCAUCGAGGCCAGCCGCAAGAGACCCGCCCCCUCCCAGCAGGUCCAGCAGCAGGCCGUCCAGAACCGCACCCGGAAGAAGCCCGUCGGAUUCCCGGGAGCCAAUGAGAUGCCGGCAAGACAGAUGGACAUGAGAGAGCCCCAAUCAGAUCCCACGCUCGGAUCAAAUGCCAAGAGAAGGAAAAUGGCGGACAAGAUUCUUCCACAGAGGAUCCGUGAGCUGGUCCCGGAGUCGCAGGCCUACAUGGACCUGCUGGCCUUCGAGAGGAAGCUGGACCAGACCAUCAUGAGGAAGAGGGUGGACAUCCAGGAGGCGCUGAAGAGACCCAUGAAGCAGCAGAAGCGGAAAUUGCGUCUAUACAUCUCCAACACCUUCAACCCAGCUAAACCCGACGCCGACGACUCCGACGGCAGCAUUGCAUCAUGGGAGCUGCGGGUGGAGGGAAAGCUACUGGACGACCCAGGGAAGUUGAAGAGGAAGUUCUCGUCGUUCUUCAAGAGUCUGGUCAUCGAGCUGGACAAGGACCUAUACGGACCUGACAACCACCUGGUCGAGUGGCACCGCACCGCCACCACCCAGGAGACGGACGGCUUCCAGGUGAAGCGGCCGGGGGACGUGAGCGUCCGCUGCACCCUGCUGCUCAUGCUGGACUACCAGCCCCCCCAGUUCAAACUGGACCCCCGGCUGGCCCGGCUGCUGGGCAUCCACACCCAGACGCGCUCCUGCAUCAUCCAGGCACUGUGGCAGUACGUUAAGACCAACAAGCUGCAGGACUCCCACGACAAGGAGUACAUCAACUGUGACAAGUACUUCCAGCAGAUCUUCGACUGUCCGCGUCUCAAGUUCUCAGAGAUCCCCCAGCGGCUCACCAACCUGCUGCUGCCCCCGGACCCCAUCGUCAUCAACCACGUCAUCAGCGUGGAUCCCAACGACCAGAAGAAGACGGCGUGCUACGACAUCGACGUGGAGGUGGAGGAUCCCCUGAAGAGCCAGAUGAGCAGCUUCCUGCUCUCCACGGCCAAUCAGCAGGAGAUCGCCUCCCUGGACAACAAGAUCCAUGAGACCAUCGAGUCCAUCAACCAGCUGAAGAUCCAGAGAGACUUCAUGCUGAGCUUCUCCAGAGACCCCAAGGGGUACAUCCAGGACUGGCUGCAGUCCCAGAGCAGAGACCUAAAGCUGAUGACUGACGUGGUGGGCAACCCCGAGGAAGAGAGGAGGGCCGAGUUCUACCACGAGCCCUGGUCCCAAGAGGCCGUCAGCCGCUACUUCUACUGCAAGAUCCAGCAGAGGAGGCAGGAGCUGGAGCAGGCCCUGGCAGUACGCAACACCUAACCGCCCUCACUACCGGGGCCGUGUGUGUGUGUGUGUGUGUGUGUGUUUGUGUGUGCGUGUGCGUGCAUGUGUGGAAGGUGGUUCUCCAUAUUGUGAUGUCAUCAUCGCGUGACGAUCCUCCUCCACUUUACAUCAUCGGACAUCAACUUCUGAUUCGGAUCCCGGGAGCACGUUCCACAGAGGCGAUAGAUGGGAUGUGUCUACGGAAAGUCGUCCUCGGUGCGUUGGCAUAGCAACACAUCGCAGGGAAAUGACAGCGUACAUGAGUUUUUAAACAUAUUGAAUGAUAAGGGGAUGGGGUGUGUGCGUGUGUGUGAGUGUUUGUUCUAGUUAGAGGUGAGCUUUUUGGAGUGUGAACUACAUGAAUUACACCAGCAGAAUGAGAAGAAGUUGAGAAAUCCUUUUUUUUUUGUGGUAAUCUAAAUGAUUUUAAAAAGCAGUUGGGGGAUGUUCAGUAUCUAGACUGAUGUGCUUAUUGGCUAAUUCAAUUGUCAACUCCAAACAGUAUUUUCACUAUCCAGACCUUUCGACAGCAGCACUGCUGAUACACGUCACAAUUGCCCCCACCGUGCUGUGAUAUUCAAAUUAUAUGAAUUAUUGGAAAAUUUGGAUCAUAAAUGUUUCUGUAAAACAAAAUGGAUAGCUGUCGGAAAGUUGAACGAAGCUUGUAAAAACAAAAAAAAAACAGUUUGGCAUUAUGAUAGCAGGACAUUUAAGAGUGAUAAUUAGGUUUUUAUGAAGUUACUGACUGCCUAUUUAUGAUGUUAUACUUAAAGAAUUAAAGAUGUCUCAAAUGUUUCACCAAAGGUUCAAAAUAUAAGCAGUAUUCGCUGUCUUACACGGAAGAUGAAGGAGCUAAAGACCAGAACCGCUAGUACAUGCAGUAUUUUACAGUACUACUUGGAGUACCGAGUGUUUGUGUGUGUGUGUGACUUUUACUGCAUGCGGAAAUAAUAUCGUGUUUUUCUAAACACCUGAGUAGUAGCAGGCACACUUUCUGAAAAAUACUGCAGGCGCUGAGUUCUGCUGCUUUGGGACGCAGUUUAUAGUUUGUAAUACAAAGUCUCACGGACUGUUAAAAAAAAACGGAAGGGAAAGAUGAAGACUUUUUUAAUAAGAGAUGUGAAUGUAAAUAUUUUUUUUUUCUUAAGACAGCUAACUGUACAGUAUAUGCCUGUUUGUUUGUGUCAUUGUUUGGAGGUCUUGGCCUCGUAUUGCAGUACGGCGGCUCUAAAUACGUAGAAAAGGAACUUUAGCGUUCCACUGUGUGCUGUGGAGCCUAGUCUAACAUGAGAAAAGACUGAAUACUUUUCAAAUGUAACGGGGAAGAACAAGUAACCAAAACACUUUAAAUCAAACGCAAGAAACAGCAGCCUCUCUGGUGAAACACAGGUUAUUACAAGCGGUUUUGAAUUGGCUCAAAUCAAUAAUUGUGACUGAUGCAAUAGCAGAGUUUCACCAGAGGGGCUUCUGUUGAGGAGGUUCGAUUUACCUGUUGGGUUGCUCAUUAACUUUAUUUUGGUCUCCAUGGAAACUCACUAGUUUAGCAGUUAAUCUGCACCUUUCUCCAUUUAUUUUAUUCAUGUUUCACUGUCACCGUUUCUCAGCCAACAGACUCUCUUUGCACUGUGCUGUAGAUUUCCGUCAUGGGGGGGAACUUUCCACCCGGCAUAAACAAGAGUGAUGGGAUAACUCACGAUGACCUAUGCAUGCUUUGUGUAUAUUAAUGAAUACAUUUGAAGCAGUACGUGUACAUAUGUUACGCUGGUUUAGCCGUUUACGUGAUGAGAAGUCAAUUCAUAGCACACUCAUGUAAAAAAAAAAAUGCCUUCUGGAAAGUUUGCCAAAAAUGAUAAUGCUCUACCAGCAAUUUACUGUAGGUGUGAUUUUCAGAAGUGUUUUCGUUAAUAGAACAGUACUCUAAUUAUGUUAACUGCACUCACUAGAGAAGCAGAAAGUCGUUUAAAGCAUCUUAUGUACCUCAGUACUUAGUGUCUGGUAAAAAAAACAAAACAUAUUUUUUGUAAGGCCGUUUAUCAUCACUGUCGUCACAACGGCGUCACUGGUCCGCUGGCUCCCUCUUGUGCAGGAAUUUGGAAACUGCAACUUGCUUCUCAUUCAGAAAUAAUGUGGGGUGGCUGACAGCAUCCUACCACCCGUGUGAGAGUUUCCUCUAAUAAGGCGUUGAUUCACGUUCAAAGGUCUGUUGCGUUUAGCAAACGUCUGUCAACUGCAUGUGUUUUCUAGGUCUCUAUCCCUGUUUACACUGUCACACCCGUGGUACACCAACACAAAUAAUUACUGUGUCGAGAUUUUAAAUAAACGAAAAUGGUUUGCAGAUGAUGUUACAACAAAAAAAGGGAAAUUUUGACUGUGACCGCCUGGAUGUAAAUAAAGAAGUGAUGCCAAAGUUUGUAAAUGCCA